CUUUCAUCCGCUCUGAUGCAAAACCGGGCACUUCGGUCUACAGGUCUCUAUCAUCUAACAGAGGACUCUGUACUGUCAGGAGCACCAAAACCCACCCCUCCCAACCUUGCCUCUGCGCUCCGUAAUGAUGAACUCCGUGGUGGCAAUUUCAGAUUGUCGGAUCGCUCUGUUCUCACACGUCAGUUUCACAACCCCCACCUGUCUGAAGCUAUCCAAAACCAGCAGCUUCGCUAUGCCUCAUACAGGGUGCCAACAGGCCUGCAGGGUGAGGAUAAUCGCUAUGCCGUGGUUCCUCCCUACGGGCCACGCUCAGGACACUGGGCCAGGGAUGCACGAGGAGGAGCGGAAUGCGGGGAAGAUGUUUGGGCAGCUGAGAGGGUGUUACCACAUGGUACGGUCCAGAAUCUGUCAAAGUGGUCCAUGUACAGAGAAGACGGUGUGUUAGAAGCAUAUUCACCAACACCUCGAUUUGUGGACGGGCAGCCUCAUGAACAAGACUGGACUCCUGAUAGAAAUAGAGUACCUGGUCAAAGCUGGUAUGACAAGAUCUACUCUAUCCUAAGCAUGCCCACAACAGGCCACAGGGUGAAACGCUGGGCAGUGGGGAUGGAAGACAUGACACAGCUGCCUGAGCUGAAUGAGACCACCGUUUUAAUGAACCUCAAGAAGCGCUACGACCAGGAGCUUGUAUAUACCUACAUAGGCAGCAUCCUUGUGUCAGUGAAUCCCUACAAGUUGCUCAACAUUUACGGCACAGACAUGGUGCUUCAGUAUGAGGGCCGCGGCCAGAGUGACAAUCCUCCUCAUCUUUUUGCCAUUGCUAAUCUCGCAUAUACCACCAUGAUGGAUGCCAAAAAGGACCAGUGUAUUAUGAUAAGCGGAGAAAGUGGGUCAGGAAAGACGGAAGCUACUAAACUAAUCCUGCGGUACUUGACAGCCAUACAUCACAAAGGCAACAUUACACAACAGAUCCUGGAGGCCACGCCCCUGUUGGAGUCUUUUGGUAAUGCCAAAACAGUGCGCAAUGACAACUCUUCACGCUUUGGCAAAUAUACGCAGAUCUACAUGGAGGAGGGUGUAAUCAGUGGUGCCAUAACGUCUCAGUACCUGUUGGAGAAGUCCCGCAUUGUCUUUCAGGCCAAAUCGGAGAGGAACUAUCACAUCUUCUAUGAGAUGUUGGCAGGUCUUCCUCCUCAUGAGAAGAGCUCACUGUAUCUGCAGGAAGCUGAGACUUACUACUAUCUAAAUCAGGGAGGGGAUUGUACCAUAGAGGGGAAAGAUGAUGGGGAGGACUUCAGACGUCUGCUGAGUGCCAUGGACAUCCUGUGUUUCACCCCAGAGGAGCUGAACGGCAUCUACAGACUGCUGUCCUCUGUCCUUCAUCUGGGGAACGUCUACUUCCAGCCACACCAGGCUGAGGGUCAGGAGGUGGCGUCGAUGGUGAGUGCGCAGGAGAUCAGGGUGGUGGCUGAGCUGCUGCAGGUCUCACCUGAAGGCCUGCAGAAAUCUGUCACCUUCAAACUGACAGAUACAGUAAGGGAGAAGAUCUUCACUCCUCUCACAGUGGAGAGUGCUGUGGAUGCCAGAGAUGCUGUUGCCAAGAUCCUGUACUCGCUGCUGUUUAGUUGGCUGACAGAGCGCAUCAACGGACGGGUCUACCCUCGCAACGAAGCGCUCUCCAUCUCCAUAUUGGACAUUUAUGGAUUUGAGGAGCUACAGGUGAACAGUUUUGAGCAGCUGUGCAUCAACUACGCCAAUGAAACCUUGCAGUUCUUCUUUAACAAGGUCAUCUUCCAGGAGGAGCAGGAGGAGUACAUGCGGGAGCAGAUCCCGUGGCAGCAGCAGCCCUUCAACCACAACCAGGCCUGUCUCGACCUUAUCGCUGCAAAGCCUCAUGGGAUACUGCGCAUACUGGACGACCAGUGUGGGUUCCCUCAGGCAACAGACCACACCUUCCUUCAGAAGUGCCACUAUCACCAUGGAAACGACCCGCUAUAUGCCAGGCCAAAGAUGCCACUGCCAGAGUUCACCUUGAAACACUACGCUGGGAAAGUCUCUUACCAGGUGCACAAAUUCUUGGAUAAGAACUUUGACACAGUCCGCCAGGAUGUUUUCGACCUCUUCAUUCAGAGCAAGAACAGAAUGGUAUCCAGUCUCUUCUUAAAGCACUCAGAGUUUGGGUCUCAGCAGCGGUCACAGCGGCGCAGCAGCACGGCUCGGCGUUUUAAUCCCAACACGGUCAGCGCGAAGUUUCAGAGCAGCCUGCAGGAGCUGCUGGAGAAGAUGGAGAGGUGUAACCCUUAUUUUGUGCGAUGCAUCAAGUCAAACCAUCGUAAGGAGCCAGCCGUGUUCGACAUGCAGCUGGUCAACACUCAGCUUCAUUACUCUGGCAUCAUGGAGACCAUCCUGAUCAGGAAGGAGGGUUAUCCAAUCAGACUGCACUUUCACAGCUUUCUCACAAGGUAUAAAGCGCUGCUUUGCCUGAAGGACACUCCACCUGCAGACGGAGAAAACUGUGUCAUCAUGCUCCACAAGCUCGGCCCGGUCAAAAACGGCACGUAUCAGCUGGGAGUCAGUAAGAUCUUCCUGAAAGAGGAGCUGUAUCAGCUGUUGGAGGGGAAGCGGGACCGUGUGCUGAACAUCGCUGCGAUGACGCUGCAGAGAUACACCCGCGCAUGCUUUGUCCGAAAGAACUUUGCCAAGUUACGGCGCCGCAUGUUUCUGUUUGGAGCUCGCUGCAAAGGAUACCUGGCCAGGAAAAAGCUUGCUCUGAGGAGAAAGUACCUCAUCAGGCUCCGCUCUAUCGUGCUGCUCAUUGUCAACCGCCAGCGUUACAUGAGGACAGUGCUGGAGCCUGCAAGGAAAGCAGAGGAGGAUCGCAUCAACAGAGAAGUGGUGAAUGUCACAACGCUGCCCAUUCCUGCUGAGCUGGCACUUCUGCUACAGGCGGCCUCAGGUGGUGAAGAGCUGCAUUCUGACUGCUUGGCGGUGGUGCAGGCUCCAAAAGUUCAGGUUGACCCCCAGCUGACACUUCCCCUGGACAUCAACAACUACCUCAUGACACAUUACAUCCAGGCCAUAUUUAGGGAGCCGUUGUUUGGGAUGCUGACAGCCCCGCUGGAGAGUUCACUGAUUCGAACGGAUGAGGAGUUAAGACAAGGAGCUCUGAACCUUUUCAUUCUGAUACUGAGAUUUAUGGGUGACCCAAACUUGAAUGGAGCUCAGGAGAAUCUAUUUGGGAACUACAUCAUCCAGAGAGGACUCGCCAAUCCCAGCCUGCGAGAUGAGAUCCUGGCUCAGGUAGCCAAUCAGGUGUGGAGGAACCCUAACAUUUUGAAUUCAGAGCGUGGUUGGCUCCUCCUGUCCUCCUGCCUCUCCGCCUUCCUGCCUUCUCAACGGCUAACCAAGUACUUGCUGAAGUUUGUGUCUGAUUACGGGCCGGAGGGCUACGACUGUGUGUGUCAGCACCGUCUGCUUCAAGCUCUGCAGCGGUUAAAUGUCGGGCCGGAGUAUGUCCGCACGUAUCCACCCUGCCUUCUGGAGUGGACCGCCAAUCGCAAGAGAGCGCACACUGUUCUGCACAUACACUGCUUCGAUGGUGUGUCCUUCCUGUGUCCUCUACACUCCUGGACAACAGGGGAGGAAAUGGCUAAAGACAUCUUAAAACACAGGGGUGUGACGGAGGGCCGUCGGGGCUGGUCGGUGGUGCUGAAGGAGCCGGCGCAGUGGGUGGAGCUGGAGGGCUCAGACUACGUUCUGGACUUGAUGUCGGACCUGGAGCUUCCUGCUGACUUCCCCAAACACAGCAGCUACUUCAUCAUCUCCGCACAGGAACCGACCCGAGUGCGGACCAAUGCCAGCAUAAGCCUGUUGGGUGGUGGCUUUGACAAGAAGGAUGAUUUCAUAUCUUCAGCCUUACCUGGCUAUGAUGGACAAGACUUUGAGCCUCAGAGAGGGAUGGAUCGUUAUCUGGACAGCCUGUUUGACCCUGUGCUGUCUGAGGGGACUGGAGAAGCAGAAUCAGCUGCAGGACUGUCCAGCAGGAUGAAGGGGGCUGGGGGGGUUGGAGGCGGGUGGCAACAGCAAGGACAGUCAACCGGCCCCCCACCUCCACCUGGAGCUGUGAGAGUCCUUCCCGUGGGAGGCGUGAUGUCACCUCCUGUCGCUGCCGUGGCACCUGUAACACCUGAUGCCCAGCAGGCUGUUUUGUCCCGGCAGCAGCAGGCCAUCGUGAACCAGCAGGCCAUCAUCAUGGCCCAGCAGAUGACCAUGCAGGCCAUGGCCAUGACGAGCCCCCCUACUUCCCCAAUCACAAGCCCCCCCAUGAGCCCUAUACUCACACACCCUCCCAGCCCGUAUGCACCUGCCAGCCCCUACGGCUCCAUACCCCCGAGUCCAUAUGCUAACAUCCCACCCAGCCCCUACGCUAACUUCACACCCACCCCCUACGGUGCAGCAGACAUCCAGCACAGGCAUCCCUACUCCCCCCCUUCUAGACAUGAACAAACUCCCUCACACCCUCCUGCGGACCCCAGGACGCGACCCGAAGCUCGGCCUCAUCCCCAGACAUACUCCUCCAAAACUGAGCCGACACAGCCCCAGGCUAACGCUUCUUCACGGGUCAGUAACUCUGAGGCAUGUGAGGUUCAGUCAGGAAAGGACAGUGGCUCUCGGAGGAAGGCUCCAGGCAUCCCCAUAAACAAGGACAAACCAGUCAGGAAGUUUGCAAUCAUCAAAAGAUACAACUCCCCACCUCCAUCGGAUGACAUGCUGCUACAAGAAAAGAGGAGAGGAGAGGGGAGGUUUAGGAAGAAGCAAACCCCUCGUGAUGAAGCUUUGCAGAUCCUCAAACCUCAGAUGGAAAACCCACCGGCUCCACAGCCCAAACGUCCUGCUGCCCCCUCACCAUCUGCGUCUGCAAUUAAAGAAGCGGGAUUUAAACCCACCAAGAGCACGAAGACAAGAGCACCUCAACGUUCUCUCCCCCUUCCUCCUCCAGUUUCUCGAGAGCUUCCGGUAGAGAUUGAGACCAUCCAGACACAACUUCAUCAGAGAACCAAUGAGGAGCACUACACCUACACCAACGUUCCCUGGAGGCUGUACCUCAGGAAGGAGGUUUUUUAUCCGAAAGACAGCUUCAACAAUCCUCUGGUGCUGGAUCUCAUUUUCAAACAGAUCGUGAACGACACUCUGUCAGAGGCCUGUGUUCGCAUCACGCGGGAUGAAAGGCAGAAAAUGAAGGGCCUUUUCGCUAAACACGCGGUUCAACAGAAUAUGGAUCCUGUGGAAGAGCACGUGAAGAAAACUAUCGUCACGGCUGCCAGGGAAACCUGGGAAAUUUACUUCUCCCGUCUGUUCCCUGCGUCGGGCAGUGUGGGAACAGGUGUGCAGGUGUUGUCCGUGUCCCACAGCGGUAUAAAGCUUUUGAAGACCGUAAAAAGCAGCGCUGUAGCUCCAGACUACUUCAGAGUCUUACGACCAUACACCUAUGCAGACAUCCUGUUUGUAACCAUCCCCUCUGAGAACAUGCUGGAGUUUAAUCUGACCAACGAGAAACUGAUCCUGUUCUCAGCCAAGGCUCCGCAAGUCAAACAUCUCAUAGACACCUUCAUCAAUGAGAUCAAAAAGGACUCAGAUUAUGUGAUCGCAGAGCGAAACUUUGUGACAGACGACCGCUCGAUGCUCAGUUUUCACAAAGGUGACAUCAUCAGGCUGCAGGUUAUGGACGGGCUGGAGAAGGGUUACAACUACGGCUGUGUGGUGAGGAAGAAGGUGGUGUUUUUGGAGGAGUUGAAAAGAGAAACUCAAGACUUUGGUUGGAAGUUUGGUGCUUUGUUCGGCCGCUCUGGAGCGUUCCCAGCCGAGUGUGUCCAUGCCGUCGCUCCUCCUGACUUCCUGUCGCUGCCGCUGGACCGCAAGUCUGAGCCUCGCGGAGGAGCAGGCCAGUUUAAUGUAUCAUCAGCCGUCGCAGUUGCCGUGGCAUCCACCAUGGCUGCACAUGAGAUAGAUCAAACGAUUGAGAAGGUUUCCCUUGACGGCUUUGCUGAAGGAGAUCUGGAUGAGAGGGCUCUUCAGGACAGUAAAUAUGACAUGUUGGAGUUCGCCAAGAAGUACUUCAGACAGGGAAACAACAUGAAGGGAGAUUCCAUGAAGGGCAAAAGCAAGAGCAGAGACUCCAGAGAGCCGACUGAAAUGAUCAAGUUCUCCAAGACUCCUCUGACCGAGUCUCUGAUAGAGUUUACGGACAUGGCCAUGAACAGGGUGGCAGCUGAUCUCUUCCUGUCGGUGAUGCGUUUCAUGGGUGACGCUCCCUCAAGAGGAUCGACAGAACAGGAAGUGAUCACUAUUUUCCUCAAGCUCAUAGGAGAGUUCACCUUGAUGCGGGAUGAGGCUUAUUGCCAACUCCUCAAACAGCUUACGGCUAACACCAGCUCCAAACCUGAUAGUUGCCAACGGGGCUGGAGGCUGCUGUACAUCCUGACCGCCUUCCAUCGCUGCUCUGAGGUCCUCAAGCCCUUCCUGCUGAAGAACCUGCAGCAGGCGUCCCGCAGCGCAGGGGUGCAGUAUCAGGGCAUCGCUAAAGCAUGUGAGCAGAACCUGAAGAAGACGUUUCAGUACGGCGGCCGUGUCGUUCCUCCCAACAGCAUGGAGCUGAAGGCGGUGAUGGCCGGACGUAGUUCAAAACGUCAGCUGUUUCUAUUUCCUGGUGGCAUUGAACGUCACGUGAAAAUCAAAACGUGUUCUGUUGCUCUGGAGGUGAUUGAGGAGCUGUGUUAUGAGAUGGGUUUACACAAACUGGAGGCCAUGGAGGAAUAUGCCAUAUUUCUAGUCACCAACAGAGGUCAGAAUGUGCGUCCCCUGAACAAACACGAGUACAUCCUGGACGUUGCGACAGAGGCGGAGUUGGUGGACACGAGCUACAGCUUCUGGUUCAGACGAGUCGUCUGGACUCAGCCGCUCAAGUUUGAGAACGAGCUCUGCGUCGCCAUGCACUAUAACCAGAUCCUGCCAGAUUAUCGUAAAGGCCUGCUAAAUAUUCUUCCACAUGGGAAAGUGAGCGAUCAACAGUUUCAUCAGAUCUCCAAACUGGCAGCUCUGCAGCACAGAGCCAAAGACAUCCUCUUCGUCCCCACCAUACAUGAACUAUCGGAGUACAUCGCUCCACCUCUGUUCAAAAAGCAGCCACCCCAGCAGUGGGUUACCAUGGUGACGCAGCACAUGCAGCAGGUGCAGGCCCUGAACCCGCACCAGGCCAGAGCGCAGUUUAUGGGGCUGAUCAGUGCAUUCCCCAUGUUCGGCUCCUCGUUCUUCUACAUCCACAGCAGCAGCUCCACCACCUUCUACGCCCCCUGCAUUGUAGCUGUCAAUCAACAUGGCUUCCACUUCCUGCACAAAAACACACACGAGCUGAUGGCAAUGGUCCCCCUGGUGGAGGUGCAGUCGAGCCGCACCCAGAGGCCCACUGCUGGUUCCAGUUACCCAUAUGUAGACCUAACGCUGGGGGACACUAACACACAGCGGGUCGUUCAGCUGCAGCUGGAGCAGGGCCUGGAGUUGUGUCGAGUCAUCGCCAUGCAGGUGGAAAACAUGCUGUCUGUGCGCGAGAGGAGACUCACCCUGCCUACCAGCGAGAUCACUGUGUUAUAACCCGUUUUAUACUAUUGUUAUAACACUUUAUUCAUUGUACGCACAUGUAGUGGUGGAAAGUACAUUUACUCAAGAACAGUAUUUUUUGGAGGUACUUUAACAGUUCUUGAGUAUUUCAAUUUGUUGAUAACUUUAUAGGUUCAAAUUAAUCAAAUUAAUCAAACAACAUAUGACCAGAUACGAAAAUAAGAUUUGCAUUAAGGAGGAAAUGAAACCAAGCAGCUUUUACAGUACAACAUAGGCCAAGAUGCAACAUUAAAGAUCUACACAAAAAUGCAUCAAUAAAUAUGAUUCAAUAUUUAUCUUUUUCCGGAUUGGAUCAUUCUGCAUAUUUAGUACUUUAAUUUGUUGGUACUUUGUGUAUAUUUUUUAUGCAAAAACCUUUGUACUUCGAUUUAAGUAAGAUUUGUAAUGCAGGACUUUUACUUGUUACUGAGUACUUCUACAAUGUGGUAUUGCUACUUUUAAUUAAAGACCUAAGUACAUCUUCCACCACUGCACAUUUGUAUGAACACAUGGACAAAACCGUUAUUAAGAGCCUACCUCUUCUUGCCUUCAGGUGUUUUAAUUUGAUAUGAAUCAUGCAUAAUUGUACCCUGAAGCCAGUUUCCCUUUUACUUGACAACAUUAACAGAACACAUUGCAUCAGUGAAUUACUAGUUUUAAAGUGUACAGAUACUAGUAAAGAACAGUGGUGAAGUUUAACAGGCCUGUGGCUUGUCAUUACAAUGUUUUUAAACUGAUAUGUAACAUGUUUUUUAUUUUUUUAUUGUUACUGUUUACUGUAAAACUUGAUCUUGGUGUAUACCAUUGUUGUUUUUAACGAACACUAAUGCAU